CAAUUUAAAACAAACUUCUGCAUCCACCUGCGUCAGGACAAUGAAGGGAAUCUGGUCUUGACAAAAGCCUGGGGGUCAGCUCCUGGCUUCAAGCUACAAUUGUGCAUCACUUCCUUUCUGUGGCGUCAGCCUGUGCUCUGCCGCCAUGACAACGGCGUAACAUCGGCAUUCCACCGCGCGCUGUUUCCAAACCGUUUGAAGAGUUGGCUCGUGCCGCACCCGCAACGGACUUUAAACGUGGAUACGGCGUGAACCUCUUUCUUUUUGUUUUCGCCUGGCCAAAAUGCCGAAAAAGGUUCUGAGACUAACGGUGCACCUGAAAAUCCAAGCGGUUACAUGUCCUGGAGUGUUCCUGCCUGAAAAGAAUGAUGUUUACGUCAGUGUAUGUAUGUUAGGAAGAUUCCAGAAAACCAAGUUUGUCCCUUCUGUCUUUCCACUGACCUUCAAUGAGAAAGUGAAGAUUGAAAAGAACUUUCCCGAAGCCAUGAAUCCUGGGGAUGUCGCAGACAUUCUGGAAAUGGAUACAACAAAAUUUGAAUUGAUACAGCUGACUCCACCAGUGGGUGAAACACUGGCUGUCUAUGAGCAGAAUACCAGGGAGUUUCUUUAUCCUGGUCGCAAGCUGACGCCUAGCUAUCCAGGGAUGGAUAGAGAGCUGUUGAUGAAGAGAUCAGUUGAUUUCCCUGGUAUAGCUCCCAGACUGGAGUUCUCAACAACUUCAAUAAUAAAGGAAUGUCCAUAUGACCUUCGACAAAUAGAAAGUGAGGAGGAUAAUGUGACAUUGGAACUACAGUCCUCCCCAUUGAGGAAAUCCAUGACACAAUUAUCAAAGAGAAAACCUUCCCCUUGCCCCAGGGAGUUCAGCAAAGAUAACAGCUACAAGCAGCCCACAAUAGCAUCCCAGACAAGGUCUCUAUCACCAUAUACCAAAAGACGGAUGGCAGCACUCUCAGAGGAUGCCAAUCAAAGACUCGCACAUCUGAACCUAGGACCUUAUCAAUUUAAAAAGGAAACAGAUAGCAAACCUCCAUUUGUAAUUAGACAUGUUGAUCAUAAGUUGUUGCCACCUGAUGAUUUGUACAUUGCUUCAUCUUCUCUUACUUCUAAACCCAGUUCUCAGAAGAACUCACCUCUGGGUUCAUGGAUUUAUAAUGAUCCAUCACUUCGUGGCAGCUAUGGACCAAGCAGGACUUCAUUAAAUAUGAUCAAGAAACCUCGUGAGAAAGAUCUGCAAGAUAAUUCUUUUGAAGACACUGAUGAGCUUAUUAUGUCAGAACCAGCUGGCAGACAACUCUCCCCUACCACGACUUCAAUGAACUAUUUAACAACCUCAUCCUUCCAGAAACAAAGCCCUGUGUUAAAUCGAUUAUCUCUUCGAGAAAGGGAACCCUGGAGAAAUGAACUGUUGAAGCAUGAGGCUCAUCCAAGAAGCCUGAAGGCACAUCCAGCAUCAUACACCAUACAUCCUAAGGUGGAGACCGAACUUGAAUGGCUGGUGAACCUGAAAGCAUUGGCAUCAGUAACCACCAGUGAAUGGGCCGCUCCAAUCAUCCCAGUCCUAAAAACAGAAGGCGUGUUGAGGAUUUGUGGUUACUUUAAGGUCACAGUCAACCCAGUCCUGUGUGCAGAUCAAUACCCACUCCCAUGCAUUGAAGACUUGUUCACUGGAAGGCUGAGGGAAAGAAAUGCUCAAAAAUUGAUAUAUUGCAGGCCUACUUGCAGAUGGUGUCUGUGAAGUCCCAGCACCUCUGACAAUAGUGAUACUCGGGGACUGUUCCGCUACAAGUGACUGCCUUUUGGCCUCAUAUCAGUGCCAGCUCUAAUCCAGAGGGCCAUAGAUCAAAGUUUGAGUGGAUUGCCAAGUAUCCAGUGUUGUCUGGAUGAUAUUUUGGUUGCUGGAUCCUCUGAAGAGGAGCAUUUGAAAAACCUGGAAUAAACCCUAAGCAGGUUGCAGGAACAUGGCCUACAAGUAAAAGGGAGAAAUGUGAGUUCUUAAAGACUCCAUAGAGUUCCUGACCUAUGUAAUUGAUUGCAAGGGACUACACAAGGCACCCAAGAAGAUUGAGGCUUUCAUGAAGGCUCCCACACCAGAGAACGUGUCUCAACUGAGAAUCUUCUUGGGAUUUGUAAAUUACUAUGGCAAGAAUUGGUUGCUGGGAAAACGGUGAUAUGGAAAUGGACCCAGGAAUAUGAGGAAGCUUACCAGGAGGUGAAGCAAACCUUAAAAAGGUCAGAAGUAUUGACACCUUUUGACUCGAAGUUGGCACCGCCUCACCUUAAGGGGUUUUGCGCUGUACUGUCACACAUCUUGCUGAAUGGAGAGCAUUUCAGAGUGAAGUUAUUUAGUGCAAAUCAGCCUCUGUAUUGAAUCAAUGAUAUUACUCAUCUACUAAAAUUUGAACUGACUUUGCUGAAAGUUUGUUAUUUAGGUUGGGCGCAAAAGUGAAGACAACAUCUUACAAUUCAUUGUAUCAAAAAAACAGGUUAGAUGUUAUCCUAUAUUCUUUACAGAUAAUAUUUGCUGACAUUUUAGAGCAGCUACUAUGUAGAUAAGUUAUGUUAGUGUACAGUUUGCCCAUUCAACUAAGAUAAUACAUAAAAUGGAGAGUAUUUUCUUUUUUUCACACAGAUGAAAAACUAAAAGACAAAAUCAUAUCAACUCAAUGCUAUGUGGAUACUUAUAUCAGCAGGCAGAUGAAUAGCAGUACCACUGACUGCUGCUGCUUAAACCGACAUUGCUGUCAUGGUAUGUCAUGCUUCUCAGUCUUGUGCUAUUGACAGUAGCUCACCUGAAAUAUAUCUCUGACAUCGGAGAUCCAAAUACAUGUAGGUCGACUCUUCUUUCUGCUGCCCUCCACUUUGCCCUGUAGAAGAAAUCACAAUAGCUUUUCAGCUGUUGAAAUGGCCUAAAUGCUGACAUUUUAUUUAUCAAUGUAACAUUUCAGGGUUCCUUUUCAUUCUUACAAUUUCAAGCAGCUCUUCCUUUGCCCUAUAGUUCAUAUGUGGAUUUCGUAAAUGACAGCCAUAGUUUUGAGCUUAUGUUUUUGAAAGAUGUAUGAGUUUCAUCAGUCCAAAAUCAUUUUCUGAAUUUGGUUGAGUUAUGUAAUAAAUUUGCCAUAGAUUCUUUCACAAAAUAAAAUAAUUUUCUCAGGUUUAUCCAUUAUGCAUUCUGAUUCAUUUUGGCACAUACAAUCAUAGAGUCAGAGAGAUGUCCAGCACGGAAACAACUCAUC